CACCCCAUUGCCUCCAAUCACAGCUGAGGAUGAUGGGAGCACAAGAUCAGAGUCAUCUGAUUUUGCAAGGGUUGGAAAGCUAUGGCUAACAGUCCAACAGAAUUCCAAAACGACACUGGAUUUAAAAAGUCAGCUUUAUUUCUGUGCCUCGGAUUUGAGGGCAGAUUAAAUAAUUGAAAAGGCUAGGCUAUUAGGUCACAAUUUCUGUGUUACAGCUGUCCAGUACAAAUUGACAGGCACUGCAUGGCCUGUUGACUGAGUACAAGAGGCAGAGAGCAUCGCUGUGGGUAGCAGAACAACCGUCAACAACAUGUGAAAAGGAAUUAUGAUCCAAUGGAAAAAAUACUCAGCAAGCAUUUAUAAAGCAGCAAUUAGAAGAGGUCCAAUGGCAACUACAAUUGUGUUUUCUGAAUAAAUGCACUGGUACAUAUGCAACUAUAGUCCCAACAACAAGUUUGCUACAGUUAUUGCUUCACAUAAAACUGAAACAUCUGCAAAACAGACAACUGAAUAACCAUGAAAGGUGCAUUGCUUUGGGUUUCAAGUGUCAUCUUCCUAAUGCCUGCGGUGAAUUGCUGUCCCUCAAAAUGUCAGUGUCAUCAGUUUUCAAAAACAGUGGACUGUAGGAACCGAGGGCUUGCUGAAGUCCCUUCCUACUUACCUGCUGAAACUCAAAUAUUAUUGUUGUCAAAUAAUCACAUUCAGAAAAUCAAUCACAGUGUUUUUAUUGAGACUACAAUUCUCAAAAUUUUGGAUUUAUCUAAUAAUUCUAUCUCAGGUCUGCUGCCUAACACUUUCAAAGGACUGCGAUAUCUACAGAUCCUAAAUUUAACUAGAAACUUCAUUGAAUAUGUAGACAACAAGACUUUUAAUUCCCUCCCUCACUUAAAAGAACUGGAUUUAUCAUCCAACAAUAUAGUAAGUCUGCCUAGAACUCUAGGAAAUAACACAGGGAACAUAACUUUACUGUCUCUGAAGCAUAAUAAACUUCAGAAAGUAGACAGACUUCUGUUAGAAUCACUUCCAAAUCUGAAAGUUGUUCUUUUCAAGGGUAACUCCUGGCUAUGCAACUGUCAUGUCUUUGGCCUUAAAUUGUGGCUGGAGACUUUUUUAUACAGAGGAGGAAUUAGUGAUGGUGUGAUCUGCUCGACACCUGAAAAUUGGAAGGGAAAGGACCUUCUCAAAAUUCCUUAUGAGAUGUAUGGGAUCUGUCCUCCUACAGCUUCCCACGUCAAAAAGGAUAAUAAUCUUCACUCUAACUCAGAGCAUAAAAUCUCUCUGAAACAUACCCAUCACAAUGAACAUGGAGACAGCAGCCGCUCACACUGUGAACCGAAACCAAAGCCACGACCUGUUAGCUUGCGUCAUGCAAUUGCCACUGUAGUAAUAACUGGAGUGGUCUGUGGGAUUGUAUGUCUCAUGAUGUUGGCAGCUGCUGUGUAUGGCUGUGCCUAUGCUGCAAUUACUGCAAAAUACCACCGGGAACACUUGCCCCCUGGCAAGGAGAAGGGGAAUCUUGAGGGAAAGGAGCCAUUUGAGAGUUCAUUGGCUUGAGUUAU